AUGGAGGUGAUGCUCGCACUGUUGCUACUCCAAUUUCCUCUAACAACUUGUUCACCACUCCGAAGUAACCGACCUGUGAUCAGGUUAGAAGCUUAUAAGACCACACUUGAGAAAGGGCCUUGUAGAGAUGGUAGAUGCUUAAAGCUGAAUAAGGUUCUGCAAAGUGAGGACACAACGACUAGCACGGCACCACCUACUGUCGGCACCAGAAGACUUACAACGACGCCUAUAGAUAUGGAACGAUGCGCUAAUGUUGCUAAGUGUAAUGUAAAUAUAUGGUAUGAUUAA